AUGGCAAGCGCCGCAGUCGCAACUCAACCAUCACAACAGCAUUUGGGCACUGGCCCAACGUCUCGUACGUCGUCGCCUAUGGACAAUAAGAAAGUCCAGGUGAAUCAACAAGGGACAUCGUCACCAUUGCAGGCCAAGUCGUCACUACCAGAGGCGCAACCUCCAUUGCUGGGCGAAGACGCGAAGCCUGUUGCUCAAGUCACAGAACCUCUCGCGCCGCCGCCGCGACCUGCGCCUUCCAACACGGCAGAGACACCCGACUACUUUUCGGCGGUGCACAACAACGGGAGUGGAAUCGGCCAGGAAUUCAAUCCCUUUGAACAAUCGUUUGGUGUCCCCUCGACGGAGACACCCGGUAAAACCCUCUUACCUCCCGUCGCCUCUCUCACCUCUCCUGCCAUCCCGGGGACCAGCUCAACAGGAGGGUACAACUGGCAAAGUUCACUUCGCUCCGGGCCCUUAAGCCCUGCUAUGUUGGCCGGUCCACAACAAGGCGACUACUUCGACAGUAUCGGUCGUGGGUUCCCUACCCCCAACGAGUCGUCCCUUCGGUCUGGGUUGACUCCUGGCGGUGGCGGGUCGAUGUUCCCGGCCCCCAGCCCAAAUUCUCAAGCACUCUUUAAUUCCUUACAGAGUGGCGGUGCCACUCCUGGUACCCUUGAUUUCCAUCGCACUGCCAUGACUGCAGCGGCACGAAGCAAGACCAACCAAUUUGCCAACACAUCCAACCCACAGGAUCCCCUACCUCAAUCCAGCAAUAUGGAUGCUCAGCACGACGCCACCGACGCUGCCAAUGGCCUUUUUAUGUUGGCCAAGGGAGGACAGGCCAACAACCAAUUCGCAGUGCCCAACCCGGCACCAGCCCAACCGACCGGUCGGAAUGGUCAGGAUCAGAAACGAAACCGCCGAGCGUCUGCAUCUGGGCCUGAUGUUGACAGCCCGGAAACCCAUGAAGAUACCAAGACUCCUGCCCGCGGGCGUGGCAAGAAGAACAUCAAAUCAGAACCGGCGAAUAAUCGAAGGAAAACGGAAGCCACUCCUAAAGGAAGCAACAAACGAGCCAAGGGUAAUUCGGGAGUCGCCAAUGUGGACCCCGCUCUUGAUCCCCAUGAAGAAGACGAUGACAGCGAGGAUGAUCAAGAGCAAGAAAACAGCACCCGCAGCAGCAGCAUCAGUAACAAUAAUUCCAACAACAACGGCGGCAGCGGCAACGGUAAUAAGAAGAUGACGGACGAAGAAAAGCGACGGAAUUUCCUCGAACGCAAUCGUGUGGCUGCUCUGAAGUGCCGACAGCGAAAGAAGCAAUGGCUGGCCAACCUUCAAGCGAAAGUUGAAAUGUACUCUGCCGAGAAUGACAGCCUUAACACUCAGGUUGCUCAACUUCACGAGGAAAUCCGGAGCCUUCGUACUCUGCUCAUGGGUCACAAAGAUUGUCCCGUGGGGCAUGCCCAGGGUAUUGGCCAGUUUCUGGGCGGCAUGCAAGACCCGAAUGCAUUCUCCAAUCAGCAUGUCAACCCGUAUGGCAUGGGCAUGCCGAAUCCUGCCGCCAUGCAACCUGGCAUGCAGAGGACGUGA